AAAAACCACCCGCGCUAUUUGUGUGCGAAUACUCGGAAGUUUCAUUGCAAUAUUUUAACGGCAUUCUAAUCCGCAAGUCAUUGUGGGUCCCGUUAAGGUUUGCCGUCGUUCGCAGGGCUCCAACCCUUCCCUUGCACCCUUUAGCCCCGCCCACAUCGUCGGGCAUUUGGACAAUCCCUGCAUUUGGUAACUCAUUUUGUGUCUACAAGUCUCCCGAGCAUUUGACGCGUAUCCAUACAAAAUGUCGUUCUGGACGCCCUAUACUGGAAAAGCCUUGGAUUUAACAAAAACGGUGAAAGAAGAAAGACUGACGCCCCCACUUGUUCCAGAAACACCUACGUUCCAGUACGCUCCGAGAUUUUCAGCUACGGAGCAUUUUCCGAAUCCGUACGCUUCGAUAACUUCCCCAGAAGUGAGGACUUUCGACACAAGAUUACCAUCGCCUGACGCGGGAAGGACCUGGUCUCCGUAUUCGAAGAACAGUCGCUCACCAGUAAGAACGCCGGAGUUAUACGACGCAGAUUCGCUGUCAGAUGAUGUGGAGUAUCAGGCGUUUGAGAGAGACGCUCUGCGAGCAAUGGCAGAAAAAAAUGGCGGGACACUGCUGGGCAACAACCCGCGAAUGCGCCGCGCCGUUCAGACCAGCCAAGCUGUCGAUGACUUAUACAGGAAGCAGCGCGAGCGCAAUAACUUCGCCGCCAAACAGAGCCGCGAUAGGAGGAAGCUGAGGGAAGUAAGAUUAGCGUUUCAAGUGACAUUUCUUCAGAAAAAGCUGUCUGUACUCAGGGCCCAGUUAGGAACACGGUAUUGUACACGGUGCCAGUUUCAGUGCUAGACUUUGAUGGAUUUAUUUGUGAACGUCAGGACCUAUGUAGUAUCGCAUAAUUUAAUGAAAUAUUUAAGCUCAUUUAAGCACAAAAUCGGUUCAAUCUUUCUACAUACAUUUCAUUAAGAUAUGUGAUACUACGUUUUAGGUAAGUGACUUAAGACUUGACCAAAAGACUGGAUUUAAAAACGACGUCCUGAAAAAAAAAAGGGCCUCACUCAGCACCAGCCGUGGCGUAAACCACGACCUAUUAUGUGGAUCCUGUGACAUGGACAUCGUGUUCCUUUAAUAUGUGUUUUUAGUCUAAGUACAUAGUUUAUACGUAUAAUACUAAAACUAAAUGAAUUUCUUGUAUUGUGAGGAUUGCUUUUUGUCUGAAUUUGCAUUAGAAUAAAAUAUAAUUAUUGUAAAUAUCUUUAAAUAGUAUGUUAAAAACGAAAUAUGUAAAAGUACCUAAAUGUCUAAAGUAUGGUAUGAUUAUCAGCCCAGUGAUUUAUAUACCUAUAACUUGAUAAUAAAAUACCUAUGGACUGUUUAAGUGGGUGGGUGUAUAAUUAGCUACUAUUGUCAUUAGUUAGUCAUUAGCGUUAUUAUUGUGUGCAAUUCUGACCUUAGUUUAAUUACGGUAGUAAUUACUUAG